AAUCUUCUGUGAAUGAUGAAGGGAAAAUGACUGAGGCAGCUCCAGGUCAGUCAGAGCAAGACUCAACAGUGGACAAGGAGAAUCAUUCCCCAAGUAAAUGCUUUGCUGAGGUGACGGAAGGAGAACAAAGUCCCACUCCAACUCUGCAAGGGCAGAAUGGAAAUUCUGAGAAUUGUGAAGGGGGAACAUCUGGUACAGUUCAAGAUCAGUCAGAGCAAGUUUCCCCAGAGGACAAGGUGAAAAAAUAUGAACUAUUUGCAAUCUGGCACCACUUUGGAAGUUAUGGAAGCGGACAUUAUAUUGCUGAUAUAAAAUCAGGCUCUGGUGACUGGUACUCCUUUGAUGAUAGAUUUGUUGAAAAGAUCGGAAAAAAUAUCAAUCUAAGGUCCACAAGUGCCUACAUGGUUAUGUACAGACUGGUAGACACAAACAAGGAAGCAGCCAGGGUCUGAUGCCACAACACCCGAGCAGUGUCAAACACAAGACCCAGGAUACAGGAUACAGGA